UUGGCUCAGAGCAUCCUGGUGAACUCACAGAGUUCAUCGCAGGUCGGGACCGCAUGGCCAGCGGGGGCGCCAUGCCCGAUGAGGAGAAGAAGGAGCCGGUGGAUGUGGGCCUUGGCAUGAAGCGGGCGAGUAAAUAUAUCGCCGACCAGAUGCUGGAAUCUAGACAUCUGAAAACGCUUCACCAGACCCUGUCCAUUGCAUGGAACAGGAAUGGUCAGGUGCAAUCGCUGCCUGCAGUCAUUGCCCUGAUGGAGCAGUAUGGGGUGGAACUGCCUCCGGAAGAGGUGGACAGGAUCUCAUCGAUGGAUCAAGAUCAGCAGAUCGCAGCACUGGUCAACCGGAUGCCGCAGGACUCCCAGGAACAGUUCCAGCAGUUCUUUCUGCAACUUCAGUUGUUGGUCUCGACCGCUAUGCGGGUGCGCGACGGCUUGGAGGAUGGUGCCGUCGAUAAGGUCGAAACGGCCCUCGAUGACGCGGACAGCACGGGCGUCACGCAAGAGAUCCUCAGGAUGGCGAUCGUCCAGGCCGGAAACGAGGCAGCCGUGCAAAUGAGAGAGUAUGAGGCCUGGUGUCUCCAAACCGAUGAGCAGAUGGGCAGACUCAUCCGCGGCCAGGAAGAGGCGAUGGCCGCGAAAAAGAAGCUCGCAACGCUGCUGGCCGGUCUGCAGAGCGACCGGGACGAGCACGCCGAGAGGGCCCUCAAGGUUUGCAUCAACUUCGUGAACAAUGACCAGGAUUGGACCACGAAUGCAUGCUUCCAGGGCUGGUCCUUUUGGACCAAGCGAGCAAGAGAGGAAGCGAGCAUCACCAAGAGCUAUGAGGACCGAAUUGGACGCCUUCGUAGCAGACAAGAAGGUUACAGGCAAAGCUCCCUCGCUUGCUUGCAUAGCUUGUUCGAAAAGAAGGCCAAGAUGCAGGAGAUAGAAUUGCAAGCGCAGGUCAUUAAGGGCUGGUACCAUGCCCUUCAAGAAAGGAAAGACAACGACUCGCUGUCCGGACAGGUGGAUGCGAUGAACUCGCGCUUGGCGUCGAUUCAAGGUGCUCAGAAGGAGACGACCAAAAGGGUCGUCGACCGGAUGACCAACAAUGUUUCAAUGAGCCUCUUAGCGCAAGCUGUGGAAGGCUGGCAUGGGGAGGUGCAAGAGAGCAAGAAGUACAGCGAGAUGAAUAAGCUGAUCCUUCAAGCUCAGCGACGUAUACACGACUACCUGAAGGACAAGAACGAAGCGUCCCUCAAGGUGCUGAAGAUGGCACUCGGGGGUUGCGAGUCCAAUAAUAUCACGCAGGCGUUUGCGUGCUGGAAGUCCCAUGUCCUGAAUACCAAGCAGGAGGCCGAACUGGAAGAAAUUAUGAAAGAGAAUAAGAAGCUCAUUCAGGACUACAAAGAGGAACACUCGCAGGCCGCCACGUCUGCCAUGAACCGCGCAGCGCUUUUCUAUGACGAGAACCUCCUGCUGGAAGUCUUUGAGAACUGGAGGAUAGACUGUGCCAUGGAAAUGACCAUCGCGAGGAACGAAGGGCGGAUCGAUGCCAAGAGGCAACAAUUGUCCUCGAUCCGACAGAUGUUCCGCACCUUUGCGCAGCAGAUGACGACCAGCAUUAGCCAGAGCGUGGAAGAGAAGAGCGAGUUGCGGCGGCCCUCGUCCGAACAGAGGUCAGGCCUUUGGAAGAUGGAGAACGGCAGCGUGUCGCUUCCGGACAUCCACAAGCCACACACGCCGCCCGGUGAACCCCAGGCGGAGGUGGCGCCGAAGAUGGCGUGGGGCUAAAGACGAGCGCCACGGUGUGCCAAGAUGCUGCGUGACGGUCGGGGUCUCACCGAUCUUAAGCCACUGGUAGGUCGAUCGCUUCCCUCGAUCUGCGGCGGGGCUCGGCAGAAGCACCAAAAAUCGAGUGUCC